GUUCUGGUUAUGCUUCCAAAGUAAGAAAACAAAAUACGAAACCAUAUCAACAUGGAAGAUUUUACUCAAUUUCUACUAGUUAUAGGGCUUUUGCUUUUGGUUCUAAUAUGUCAUUACAAAAGAAGCAGAAGAAACAACACAAGAAAAGGCAUCAAACUAGUAGCUCCAGAACCAUCAGGGGCAUUGCCUUUUCUCGGCCAUCUUCAUUUCCUACGAGGUCAAGCUCCUCUAGCACGGGUACUUGGAAAAAUUGCUGAUGAAUACGGACCCGUUUACACUCUACGGCUUGGUAGUCGUCAAGCAUUGGUUGUGAGCAGUUGGCAGAUGGUCAAAGAAUGUUUUACAACCAAUGACCGAAAUUUUGCAGCCAGGCCCAACAUGGCAACCAGCCGGCACAUGGUUUAUAAUAAAGCUGGUUUUGCACUGGAAUCAGGACCAUAUUGGCGAGAGAUCCGAAAGCUGGUCACUUUGGAACUCUUUACAAGUCAUGGUCUUGAAAAGUUUAAGAAUGUUCGUAGCUCAGAAGUGACAAACUUCAUUAACGGGCUCUCCUUGUUUUCCCAAAAGAACGCAAACGAAGCAUCGGUAAUAGACAUGGGCAAGUGGUUUGAGAACAUAACGUUCAAUAUAACUAUUAAAAUCUUAGCCGGGAAAAGAUUUUCUAUCACGGGUAGCAGUGAAGGUAACAACGAAGACUUACAUGUACAUGAAGCCAUAAAGAAAGGGCUGUACCUUAUGGGCGUUUUUAUUGUGUCUGAAUUCUUUCCAUAUCUGGAAUGGAUGGAUAUUGGAGGGUAUGUGAAAGCUAUGAAGCAAGUUGCAAAGGAGGUUGAUGGAGUUAUCGGAAAGUGGCUUGACGAACAUGUUGAGAGGAGAAAAGAGUGUGAUGGUGAAAAAGAAGCCGACUUCAUGGAUGUGAUGCUCUCAACCCUGUCAAAAGAUGCUGAAAUGUUUGGCCAUGGGCGUGAAACCAUCAUCAAGGCGACAACAAUGGUUCUCAUGAUCGGGGGUUCAGAAAGCACUGCUUUGACACUUACGUGGACACUCUCUUUACUACUGAACAACCCUCACAUCCUAAAAGCUGCCCAGAAGGAGCUUGAUAUGAUUGCAGGAAAACGGAAAUGGGUCGAAGAAUCAGAUAUAAAAAACCUAAGGUAUCUACAAGCCAUACUGAAGGAAACUCUCCGAAUGUACCCACCAGGUCCCUUGGCACCCCCUCAUGAGGCCAUUGAAGACUGCUAUAUUGGGGGUUAUCAUAUCUCCAAAGGGACUCGUCUGAUUGUUAACAUAUGGAAGCUACAUCGCGACCCACAAAUUUGGUCGGAUCCUCAUGAUUUUCGACCAGAGAGGUUUCUAGAAGAACACUCGGACAUAAAUUAUCAGGGUCAGAACUUUGAAUACAUUCCUUUCAGCACUGGAAGGAGAGUGUGUCCUGCAAUCACAUUAGCUUUCGAAGUAGUUCACUUGACACUUGCUCGGUUGCUUCAGGGGUUUGAUUUGGCGACACCAAUGGGGAAGCCUGUGGAUAUGAGCGAGGGCUUGGGCAUUGCCUUGACUAAGGUGAGGCCACUUGAAGUGAUUAUCACUCCUCGGCUUUCUCCAGAGCUCUAUCAACACCUUUGACAUCGAUCAAUGGGAUUUUUCUGGAGUGGCAUGAUGAAGCUGCUUGCUACUUAUGUCAUAUUUACAUAUGUAAGAAAUAAGACCCCGCAUCGAUUUACCUCAGCUCUCCGUGAAUAAUGUAGAAUGUU